AAAACAGCAGACAGACAGCAAGUGCUCCCCAGAAAGCCGGGUGACCAGACUGCUGUUUGCCGUGUCUGUGGCGUUCCUACUCCUGCACGCCCCUUUCCACGCUAUCCGAGUCAAGGUCUUUAUUCUAGCCAUCACCGGAACACUUCCGUCCAGAACUGAUGGCAUCCUAAUGCAUGUAUUUCGACUCAUCUACAACCUGGACACGUGUGUCAGUUGCGCUGUGUACCUGAUAUUUGGGGAUAACUUUCGGCGUGUUUUCUGCAACAAAUACUUCUCCAGUUGUCAGUCACCGUCUCCUGAAAGUUUAGUGUCUCUAACUACCACAAGAAGUGAUCCUUCCAUGGAAGUGACCGUGCUCAAACCAGAUGACAACGAGGGUCCAGAGGAGUCACAGAUACACGAACGGUUGUUGUCUGAGCAUGAUUUAUGA